CCUUUUCCCGGGACCCCCUCCUUUCCCGGGACACCCCCCCCCCUUUCCGGGGACACCACUCCUUCCCGGGACACCACUCUUUCCCGGGACACUCCCUCCUUUCCCGGGACACCCCCCCCUUUCCGUUUCGGGGCACCGGACACCGGGACACCCCCUCCCCGGGAUGCGGCCGGGCUGAGCGAGCCUGUCCCCCGAGGAGGUGACCCCGUGUCCCCCCGGACGAUGCAGCUCCCGUCCCCCCGUUGGCGGCUGUCGGCACUGGGGGCGGCGUUGGGGGUCUGCGUCACCAUCGGCUUCGCCGUCCAGCUCCUGCGGGGGCCCUUCCAGCGCAGGUUCCCCCCGCGCCCCCCGCGCCCCCCGCCGUGUCAGCCCCACACGCACCUGGUGUUCCUCAAGACCCACAAGACGGGGGGCAGCAGUGUGGUCAACCUCCUGCACCGCUUCGGCGAGACGCGGGGGCUGCGCUUCGCGCUCCCCCAUCGCUACCAGUUCGGGUACCCCAACACUUUCCGAGCCGAGAGGGUGAAGGGCUACAGCCCGGGGGGGACCCCCUUCGACAUCAUCUGCCACCACAUGCGCUUCAACCUCACCGAGGUGCAGAAGGUGAUGCCCAACGACAGCUUCUACUUCUCCAUCGUGCGGGACCCCGGCACGUUGGGCGAGUCGGCCUUCGCCUACUACCGCGCCGUGGCGCCGGCCUUCCGCCGAGCCCCGUCUCUCGCCGCCUUCUUGGCGUCGCCGGAGCGGUUCUACCAACCCGGAGCUCGCGGUAACCACUACGCCCGUAACCUCCAAUGGUUCGACUUCGGUUUGCCGCCGUCGGCGUCGGGCUCGGCGGUGGCGUCGGCGUUGGCGAGCGUCGAGCGCGUCUUCGCUUUGGUGUUGUUGGCCGAGCACUUCGACGAGUCGCUGGUCCUUCUUCGCGAUGCUUUGUGUUGGCCCGAGGACGCCGUGGCCGCCUUCGCGCACAACGGCCGCCUGGCCGAGGCGGCGGGGCCGCGGGUGUCGCCGGCGCAGGCCGCGCGCUUGCGGGCGUGGAACGGCCUCGAUUGGGCGCUCUACACCCACCUCAACCGCUCCUUCUGGCGCCGCGCCGAAGCCUUCGGUGCCGCCCGCCUGCGCCGCGAGGUCGCCCGCCUGCGCCAACGCCGCGACGGCCUGGCGCGACGCUGCCUGCGCGGCGGCGGCCCUCUGCCCGCCCGCGCCAUCGCCGACGGGCGCCUGCGGCCCUUCCAGCCGCCGGGGCGGGCGCAGAUCGCCGGCUACGCCCUCCGCACGGGGCUGCCGCCCGCCGACGCCGAGCGCUGCGCCCGCCUCGCCACCCCCGAGCUGCAGUACAAGGACAUCUUGGACCGGCGGCAGUUCGGCGCGGCCGCGGGCAACGGCUCCGUGCCGCCCGCGGGGUGACGGCAACCUUCCCACUCCACCCCAGACCCUCCUACGGUACCGCUUUGUGCCUCAGUUUACUGGCACUGAGUUAAUAGGCUCGCGCUCUGA